ACGUCUUUGGUUCUACGCGGUUUUCCUAGUUUAUUGUAUCUUGCAUGACGUUAGAUUUAUCCUUGUUAGGAGGGCGUGCAAUUUUCACGAUCUCCGUUUGCAAAUUUUCGUGACAAUGCCAAAGAGAAAGAAUCAGGCUCUUAUAGAUUCUGAUAGUAGUGGCAGUGCAUCAGAAAGUGGUUCGGAUUUGGAUAAUGACUUAUUAUCCCUUGCCAAAAAGAAGAAGGGCAAAGCUCAAGAUGAUUCCCAAUCUAAUGAAGAAACUGGUACCACCAAGAAAGAGAGUAAACAUGAUUCAGAUACAUCAGAUUCAGAUGAUGAUUGGGGUGCAAAAGCUGGUAAAAAUAAGAAGAAGAAAGUGCCAACUAAGAGAAAUAAACGAAAGAUGACAAAGUCUAGUAGUGAAGAAAGUGCUAGUGAAAAAGAACCUGAAAAGGUCUCUGAGCCAGAAGAAGGUGAGGUUUCAGACUCAGAUGCUAGUGUUUCUGAUUCCAGCCAAGAAGAAUUUAAUGAUGGUUAUGAUGAUAAGUUAAUGGGAGAUGCUGAAGAUCAAGCAAGACUUGCUCAAAUGACAGAAAAAGAACGUGAACAAGAAAUUUUUAAACGUAUUGAACAACGUGAAAUCAUGAAAACAAGAUUUGAGAUUGAGAAAAAGUUAAGAAUGGCUAAAAAACAAGAAUUGAAAAAACAAAAGGAAUCAAGAAAGAAAGAGAAAAGUACAGAAGAGAAAAAAGUUGACAGAGCACCAGAUCCUAAAGAAAGGAGUAAAGAUCGUAAAAAAACAAUAGAAGAAAAGCAAGAUAAAAAAUUCCAUGCAAUGUCUCUUCUAAAAGCAAGACGGGAAGAAAAGAAAGAAAGAGAGGAGAAAGAGAAACAAAGGAUAGAGCAGCAGCAACAACAAUCAAAAGAUAUUGAAGAAGAAGAAUUAGAAGAUGAUCACAAAGGAGGAGCAAACAAAACGAAACUUAAGGCAUCUGAUAUUUAUUCUGAUGAUAGUGGUUCAUCAGAUAGUGCUGAAGAAGAAGAGACUACUAAACCAUCAUCACAUCGUAGGUCAUCUUCAAGUGACAGUAGGGAUUCUGAUUCUGAUAAUGACAAAAAAUCUAUUACCAGCAAUAAGGCGAAACCGAAGAAACCAAUAUAUGUCAACACUAAGGAAGAUCUCAAUAAAAUUAGAUUGUCACGCCAUAAAAUGGAGAGAUUUGUACAUCUACCUUUCUUUGAUAGGGUAGUACAAGGUUGUUUUGUUAGGAUUGGCAUUGGGAACAACAAUGGAAAGCCUGUAUAUAGAGUAGCUGAAAUUAGUGGUGUCUGUGAAACAGGAAAAAUCUAUCAACUUGGUGGUACAAGAACAAAUAAAGGAUUAAAACUAAGGCAUGGAGCUCAAGAACGUGUGUUUAGAUUAGAGUUUGUAUCAAAUCAAGAAUUUACCGAGUCUGAAUUCUUCAAGUGGAAAGAAACUUGUGCUUUGCAAGGAAUAUCAAUGCCUACUUUUGAAGAGGUUGAACAAAAAUUAAAAGACAUUAAAGAAGCUUUAGUAUACGAAUUCAAGGAAGAAGAUAUAGAAAAGAUAGUACGGGAAAAGGAAAGAUUUAAACAAAAUCCGUAUAAUUAUGCUAUGAAAAAGGCACAGCUUAUGCGUGAAAGGGAUGCUGCCAAUUGCAGAGGAGAUGAUGAAACUGCUAGUCGACUUAAUCAAGAAUUAAGUGAACUUGAAGAACGUGCAUCUGAACUUGACAAGAUGCGCACCGCAACAAUAUCUAGUAUAUCUUACAUUAAUGAUCGUAAUCGAAAAAAGAAUGUUGAAGAAGCAGAAAAAGCAAUUAUGGAAGAGAUUAAAGCCAAUAAAGGUAAAAAAGUAGAUGAUCCAUUUACCAGACGGAGCACAAAACCAAGAAUGGUUUUCAAACCAGACGAUGAAGAUGUAUCAUCAACUGCUCCGGUGAAUGAUAAAGCAAGUCCUCAACAAACUGAGGCAGUAGCGGUAAAAGAGAAAGAAAAUGGUCAAGAGAUGAAGAAAAAACAAAGUACUGAAGAUCUAUUUAAUGCUCAUGAUUUUGAUAUCACGAUAGAUUUGGAAGUACCAAUUCCAAACAACCCCGUUAGUGUAUUGCCGAAGCCUAUUAGUAACAUUAAAGAUACUGGCCCUCGACGAUCUUUAAAUUUAGAAGAUUAUAAGAAAAAGCGAGGACUCAUCUAA